AUGGCCAUUUUCACGGGAAAUGCCGCUUCUCCCAGACAACUGGCACUGUCUAGCGCCGCUCCAGCACCCCAAUUACCACUUACCCUCUCCAGAGGAUUUGUCCAAGUAAGAUUAUAUCCGGCAAUACUUAUUUGUUCUAAUAAAUUUGCAUUGUCGUCCAGAUAUGCAAUAGCGAAGUAUCGCCUACAGAGGAUCAUCGGCUGGAAAAGGCGGUACGGAAAGUUUUCUUCCCUGAAUGAAAUCCUGGAACUCGAUGAUUUCGGCGAGAAAAUCCUACAGAGAUUCUGUAGUAGCAUUGUGCAAGAUGCGGGCCAGACUGGAAAGAUAGAUGUGUCGACAGUGAAGAAGAGCUCCCAAAUCCUUACGCCAAAACUUAUGGAGGACAAGCGAAGCGCCAUAAAGUCAUGCUGUGCUGUUCAAGUGGGGAUUGACAGUGUCUCGUGGUGUCGACUGGAAAUACAGGAUGACGAGACCCCAUCCUUAGUCACGCACUGGCAAUUCUUCCCGCUAAACUGUAAGAAAUCCCAUCUUGUUGACUUGUCUUCUAUGAUUGAGCACGUUAACCAGAUAAUCCCCGAGAGCGAUGCCUUCGUGAUGGAGAAUCCUGUCGCCAAACAAGGCUCUCCGAAUGUGAAUACCACACAGAUUGCUGUGAGUGUUCAGCAAUCACAAGUAAUUGCCAUGAUGACGCUGAUCUUGUCCCUGAGGAAGGAAGAUCAUCACACUUGCGUGUUCUUCGUGAAGAACUAUGUGCCGGCCAGACUGUUUGGCACUUUGGUAGGCCAGGAGCGCACCUCCAGCUUACAUGUCGUCAGUGAACUCGUGUCCAGUCGCAAUCAAAGCACGUCAGUACCGCCGAAGGGGAGUAUCACAGCUCUUCCGGGCGUGUUAGCCAACUAUGAAUUAGCAGACGGCGCUGAGAAGGAGUACCUGGGCAGGUGUCUGAUGCUGAGCGUUAGCUUCCUGCGCCUCUGCCUCUUAAAGUGUCCAGUCAGUAUCGCGAUAGCCAACAGGAGAGGAAAGUGAAUAGU